AAGAAAGAAACCGGAGGAGGAAGGAAAGGUAGAGGAGAAAGAGGGAGAGAGACAUGCAAUAAUUGAAGUGGUGCAAAUGGUAGGAGUUGGUGGAGAGCGUGACGACAGGGACGGGGACGGGGACGUAGCUACUACAAUAGCAUGGCUGGAUUCACACGUUCGCACCAUCUCCACACGGUCGCAUCAUGGCUGUGGGCAACGCAAGAAAGAACCGGUCCUCUCUCUCGCGGGAAUAAGCGUAUACACGUGUGCUUCUGCAUGCCCAUCGAUGAACGGCCUGCCCUAUACGUGUCUCCAAUUCCGCUGCACAUGCUAGUAUAUAAUCCUCCCGUGUCUCUCGUUUGUUCCACUUGAUCUCCAACAGGCCGAAUGGCGGAGCGGCAAGCUGGCCCAGGCGUAGCGCCGUCGACACGGCCACAAUGGGCGACCGGCCCCCCCGGCAGGACCAGCCUCGUCCGCCGGCUUCAGGAGCAGGCACCCAACUCCACGCAAGUCAUCGGCUUCCUCACCUUCGUCGUCUCCGGCGCCAUUCUCCUGCUGCUCACCGGCCUCACCCUCACCGGCGCCGUGAUGGCCCUCAUCUUCUUCGGCCCCAUCAUCCUCCUGUCGAGCCCGAUAUGGGUGCCGGCCGUCUUCGUAAUGUUCGUGGCCACCGUGGUGGUCCUCUCCGCGUGCGGCUUGGGCGUGGCGGUCCUGGCGGGCACCUCGUGGCUGUACAGGUACUUCACCGGGCGCCACCCGAUGGGGUCGGACCGGGUAGACUACGCCCGCAGCAGGAUCGCCGACACCGCCACCCACGUCAAGGACUACGCCAGAGAGUACAGCGGGUACCUGAAGAGCCGGGUCAAAGAUGCGGCGCCGGGAGCUUAAUCGACGGCAUUCGAAUGUUAGUGUUACGCCAUGUUGCUUUGAUGUUCGUGUUAUGCCAGGUUCUGUUACUGCAGCGUUUCUUCUUUUGAUUCCUCGUCCACCGGGGAAGAAACAUUUGGAGGACGGAGAAUAAGCAGUCCGCCUUAGAAGUCUUAACCCAGCAAAACAUCUGCAGCUGGUAAACCUGCACAUUUUACUUCUACAUGAAAAUGUGACUACAUCUGAAAGAAUUAAGCGUGCA